AUGCUGGAUAGCACAGUCAACUUAUCAGUGACGUCCCGGGAUCCUGUACCACCACAAGUUGUAUCGGGGCAACUAACGGGAAAUCUGUCCCAAGCCACUGGCACCGAUGGGCCUCUUUCAACGUGGCCAAGCCGCGCAGAUAUUGCGUCAACUGCAAAGAAACGAUUUGGCCCGGAACCUGUGAUAGGUCACAUGGGCCGACUAGUCUCGAACGAUGACCAGAUCGCUAUGUUCGCAGGGUCGUCAACAGGCGUACAUUUCAUCUCCCAGGCCGAGCAACAGCUACAGAUGCUCCGUAUACACAACGACACAUUCCCAAGCAGUGUGUACAGCCUGUAUCUGCACAACCUUUGGGGCAAUCCGCCAAAAGAAUUCACGUCGCAACUAAUCGCCGGUAUGAUUAGAGAGCUACCCCUGAACACGGCCGAAAUUCUUGAAGCCACCAUCGAUCGCUGGACACCAAUUUACCCUAUUGUGCAUAAGAACUCCACCCUUGAAGCUUUUCAAAGACUCCGAGAUGACCCUGAGCGUGGUGAUCUGAGCAUUAUGCACCAAGUCUUGGGUCUCCUUGCUUUGGGCAGUCUAGGUCUUGCAGGCACAUGCACUCAAAAUCAUCAGCACUUCCUAUGUCUUUCAGAGAAGUACUAUGCGAUGUCUGCAACCCUGACCGAUAAGCUCCACGACCGCCCAUGCUUAAAGACUCUACAGGGGCUGGAGAUUUCACAGAUUUACUUGCAAUUAUCAUCACGAUACUCGGCUGCGUCGCAGUUGGGAGGAAUGGCAACCAGGAUGGCACAGAAUCUGGGGCUGCACCGCCAUUCACAGCGAUUCAAGUUUGAUCCUUUGGAGACAGAGUUGAGACGGCGCGUAUGGUGGUGCCAGUAUUCUCUUGAUGCUUUCUCCAGUGCAUAUCAUGGGAUGCCACGGCUUAUUCGAGACCAAGACGUUGAUACCGAUUUACCGUCACGGGUGGAUCAUGAUCAGGUCUCACGUGAAAGCGUGGCAUUUCCUCUACCGGGUGAACGGUCCCAAGUAGAUACCGCACUCUGUAUGUUUAAGCUAGCUGUCAUCGUCGGAGAAGCCCUAGAGAAGCUCUACACAACGACAAGGAGACGCGGUGGUGUAGCCAAGAUUAACCAACUGCAAGCCGAGCUGACAAUGUGGGAACGCAUGUUACCGACUGAUCAAGCGGCCGGCCAUGAAGAUGAUGGAUCAGAUCUGCCUCUGCUACCCAACCCCGACUUAUUCGAAGUUGCAUUUCUCCGCGCCGCAUUCUGCAAUGCGAUAGUCUAUGUCCAUCGACCAGCUCUAGCUUUCACAACCGCUGAUCCCCAGUUCUCAAUCUCUCUCAUGGCCUGUGGGCGUGCAUCUGCGGAGCUGAUUCGGCUGUCUGCGAUCAAUAUAGAAGAUUCGGCACCUGAUGAGAUCCAUCGAAGAUUAGACGCCAUGACCAUCGCUCACUUAUAUCCGAAUGGCAUGCACAUGCUUUGGCAAGCAGGUCUCACCAUUCUAUUCGCAAGAUGGAAAGGCCAGCCGAUUGGGGCUGACAACGAAGACGAGGGUCUGGUUAAAACCUGCUCGGCAACGCUGCAGUAUCUAAAGUCCGAUGACACCAACGGAUUCAUCUCUCAAUGCGCUGAUGUUCUCGACAUGCUGCGAACAAAGACUUUCUCCUCCAAAGAAGCCUCACCACUAGUAAUUGAUCAGCUGCAAUGGAACGUUUGGGACUGGCCAAUGGCGUCGGCACUAGAGCUGGCGAAUACCCUCGACGCCAUGCCGUUGGACCUUCAGUUUGAGCCAGGGAUAGGGCUCUAG